AUGGACAGCGAUCGGUCCUCCGAGGACGACGACGAGGCGAAAUGUGUCUCAUGCGGCAGCGGGCGCUCCGCGCCUGGCAACGAGAUCCUGCUCUGCGACGGGUGUGACGUUUCGGCCUACCACCUCGCCUGCCUGCCUGUGCCGCUCGCGACCGUGCCCGAGGGGGACUGGUACUGCCCGGCGUGCGUCCAGCAGCGCGGCAAGAAGCGGCCCGCAGACGCCCCGCAGGAGCCGUCGCCGCCGUCGCCGCCGCAGGGGCAGUGCUUCGUGACGUCGGGCUGCCUGCUCUCGCAGCCGCACGAGGGCCCGUUCGGCAUCGAGUUGGACCUCUAG